AUGGUGCUCCUUCAGGAAAUCUACUGCCCGGAACAGAUCGUUAUACCGGAACAGUUUCACCUCACGCUCAAGCAGUACGCGAAGGCGGUCAUUCGAACGCAACCGUUUGAUUUAUUGCGCUGGUCGGCGGCGUACUUCCGGUGCCUGGCGCUGAGCGUGCCACCGCCGGUGAAAUCCCGCUACGAGCCGGCCCCAGCCCGUGGAGCCCUCAGCGCUGGGGCCCUGCGUGUACUAAUCGAUCAGCUCGGCAAGGGCUACUACGUGGACAAGAAGAUACUGCUGGAGAAGUGGGAAGGUUUAUGUCUGCCGGAAGAAGACUUAUUGAAUGUCCUGUCGCUGGUGCGGAUGCUGAACUGGUCCCGGCUACACUGGUUAAAGAUUGUGGCCGUGUUCAUCGGUUUGCUGUGUAAGAAUAUACCGGCGACCGCAGAGAUGAUCUGUGAAAUGUUAACGGAAGACCCGGACGGUGGGGCCGCCUCGGUACCGCUCUGGAUGUUCCGGGAAUGUUUUCUUACCGUGGCCGAUUUGGAUUGCGGUUCCGUGCAGACGUUCGUCAACGGACGAAAGGUCCUCGAUGAAGACACCGGCGCCACCGAGGAGGAGAUCGUCCAGCCAACGCUGCCAAAAGUUUUGUCAACUGCUUCCUUUAAAAACGCCAUCAUUGACAAGUACCGCACCAUGGUGGAGCAAAACGAUGCCCCACUGUCGCCGGCGAGCAGUGUCGAGGAAAGGGUACAACUUGGACCGGUUAUCUCGAGGUUGGAGUCGGAUUUUAAGUUUUCCGGCAACGAUACCGAUGUGUGCGAGGUGCUGCGGCGGACGCCCGACUUCAGUAGCGUGCUUCAGUUGCUGAAAGGGCUCCGUAAGGGCGGCACCGGAAGCACCGUCAGCCAGACAUCGCCCAUCGUCGGGCUGACCGAGGCGCAGCUCGAGCGGGCUCGAGAACGCGCGAAGCAAACCGAAGAACUGCGGGAAACGGCCAGCGAGGAGGAAUACCGUCGUCUGAAGGAACGGGAACACCUGGAACUGCUGAAGGAGCUGGAUCCGCCGUGGUUGCUGCUGUACCUGUUCGCUCGGGACUGCUGCCGAACCAGGUCGUUCAAUUAUGUGGAGAAAUCGACGGUCGCGCUUGCGGACGAGCCCGAUUUGGAGUACUCGCCCGAAAGUGGCCCCGACACGGACACUCUCGGCGUUGCCGCCGGUCAACAGCGGCGCACAUCGAGCUACUCGAUGCCGGCCACGGUCCGUGCACGGAUGAGUGUGAGCUCCCAUUCGGCCGCGGUCAUCACGAACGAGAUCCUGUCGAAGGUCGUGUGCUCCAUCGAUCAGGCCAUCAUCGACGGCGAGUGCGAGCUGUCACUGCCGUCCAUCUCGAGCUUCCUGGAGCGGAAGGGCACCGAGGAAGAGUUCGUUGCACCGGCCGACCUCGAGACGUUGCAGACGUUCCUCCAGGAGGCCGGAAGCCGCGACCUCGAGGUAAAGGACCUCAACGAGCUGUACAAUUUUUUCGUCAGCGAAAGCUUCCGCAGUGGUCUGCAGGCUGGCCAGCAGGGGGAACCCACGAAGGAGAUCUUCGAUAUCUUCGGCGAGAGCGGCAUCGAGGUCGACGCGAGCCUGCUGGAAGCGAAGAUCUCCGGCAACAUGAUACUGGGCCUGGUGGCACCGGAUGCCACCGAGCAAGGCGAUGCGGAUGUCCUUGAGGAAAGCGUUGAGGUGCAAGGCACUACCGAAGAGCUUGCCGAUGGCCCGCCCGACCUUCUUGCGCCACCAGCGGACACGUUCGCUGACGGAACCAACGUCCAAGAGGGAGCGACCCAAACCGAGCCAAUCGAAAUCGCAUGUCUGCGGCGCCAGAAGAGUCUCAACAAACCGUCGGCGGACGAAGGCAUCGCCCACAAAUGCAAACUAUCACCCGCCCCAGGCAUCGGACCACCGAUGGACCGGUCGGUGAGGGAUGCAUUUCUGGAGUAUCUCUCGCAGCGGGCCGUGGACCAGCACGGGCUGAUCUAUCCGCGUAAUUUCCGGGAGACGUCAUGUCCUAAAAUUGAUUGA